AUGGAGUCUGAGGACAAAGUGAGGGAAAUGAUCUCUGAGAAAUUGAAGAUGGACCACAGAAAGAUUGAGGUGGUGAGCGCCCACAGGACUGGAAAACCCACCACCGGCCCAAGUGAUAGGCCCAGGACAAUAGUGGUCAAGUUCAUGAGGUUCAAGGACAAGUACUGUGCGUUCCUCUCCCUUCUGUUCAUCCUCAUCUCCAUCACCACCUUCUGCCUGGAGACGCACGAGGCCUUCAACACCAUCUACAACAAAACAGAAAACGUGACGGUGGACAAUGUGACAACUCAGGAGAUCGUCUACGAGGUGGUGACCGACGGCUGGCUCACCUAUGUGGAGGGAACGUGCGUCAUCUGGUUCACCAUCGAGGUCAUGAUGCGCGUGAUCUUCUGCCCAUGCAAGAAGGAGUUCUUCAGUAGCACCCUCAAUAUCAUUGACUUUAUUGCCAUCAUGCCCUUCUACCUGGAGGUAGCGCUGAGCGGUCUGGAUUCCAAAGCCGCCAAAGACGUGUUGGGCUUCCUGCGAGUGGUGCGCUUCGUCAGGAUCCUGCGUAUCUUCAAGUUGACUCGUCACUUCGUGGGUCUGCGGGUGCUGGGCCACACGCUCCGCGCCAGUACCAACGAGUUCCUCCUCCUCAUCAUCUUCCUCGCCCUCGGGGUGCUCAUCUUCGCCACCAUGAUCUACUAUGCCGAGCGCAUCGGUGCCGACCCUGACGACCCUACGGCCGCCAAACACACAAACUUCAAGAACAUCCCCAUUGGCUUCUGGUGGGCCGUGGUCACCAUGACCACUCUGGGCUAUGGGGACAUGUACCCCGAGACGUGGUCGGGGAUGCUGGUGGGCGCACUGUGUGCCCUGGCGGGGGUGCUGACCAUUGCCAUGCCUGUUCCCGUCAUCGUCAACAACUUUGGCAUGUACUACUCACUGGCCAUGGCCAAGCAGAAGCUGCCCAAGAGGAAGGGCAAGCACAUCCCUCGGCCCACCAUGCCGGGCUCGCCCAACUACUGCAAGCCAGACGCCCUGGCCAUGGCCACUGCCGGGCCGGGUAUGGUGGGCUCAGGCAGCCUGGGGGGAGGGGACUGCCCUCUGGCCCAGGAGGAGAUCAUCGAGAUCAACAGAACAGAUUCCAAGCAGAAUGGCGAUGCGGCCAAUGCAGCCCUGGCUAAUGAAGACUGCCCCACCAUAGACAUGGUGCUUGGGGAGGAGAGGAGUCCUGCUGCUGGGGGUCUGGGCACCGGCGGGAGCCGUGAGCGCUAUCCCCAUGACCGCGCCUGCUUCCUCCUCAGUACCGGAGAGUUCCGUGCUACAGACGGCAACGUGAGGAAAGGUAUGCCCAGGACAGGGUCAGGGCCGGGGUCAGAGUCAGGGGCUGCGCUCCGCCAUACCCAAGGGUUCAGUAGCUCGACACUCAGCAGCUCAACACUCACUGUGUGCUCAUGA